CGAAGGCACCGUUAACGCUUUUGUUUUGCCGUCUCGCGGGUCCAAACCAACCGAAGGCUGGCUUGAACACAGUGAAUUACACCAACGUAGCGACCUUGAAAGCCACCAUGGAGGCUCGUUUCAACCCCACGGUUCUGCUACACAGAUUAGAUGUUCAACAGUUAAUGGUAGUUAAAGAAGAAACUUCUGAUGACCACAAACCUUGUGUUGACCUGUAUGACCCAGAGCCCCACCACGUAAAAGAGGAACAGGAGGGAAUCUGCAUUAGUCUGUGGGGAGGGCAGUUCAGUGGGAAGGAGAAGAUUGAUACCUUCAAGUUUCCAAUCACUGCUAUUGCCAUAAAGACAGAAGAUGAUGAACAUCCCCCUCUGCUCUCGCAGUUUUAUCAAGACCAAAUUAAAUACAGAGCGUUUCCAGAAGAGAACGAUGAAUGGGAAUCCCUCAAGAUAGAAGAUCAUGGGGAUGGUUUCAACUCCUUAGAGCCCGAAGACACUGAGAGGGAUGAAGAGGACGAUGAUGAUGUAAAGUACCCCGUCUCUGAGCUGACACACUUGUCAGACUCUGGACUGAAAACUAAAAACAUGGGCAGUGAAUGGAAGGAGAGUAGAGCUCCUGAGUCAGAGGAAGACCUUGUUGACCGAGUUUUAAGCGUCUCUGAAAUUACCGAACAACUGUUCCGUUGUUAUUCUUUCCAGAGACAUAUGGCAGAUUCAGAAACGGGACAUUUAAGCUCCUUGGAUGACAGUGGAUUGAAAGAGAAGGAAAUCGUGGACUUAGAAGUCCAGACAGGAGAAAAGUUUCACUGUGAAGACUGUGGAAAAAUGUUCAGCCAUGAACGAACUUUAAACACACACAUGAGAAUCCACAGGGAACCUAAACCUUACUGUUGCGUACUCUGUGGAAAUGGAUUUAGCACAAAAUCAAGUCUAAACAGACACAUCAGAGUCCACACAGGACAGAAACCUUACUGCUGUGAUCUCUGUGGCCGUAAAUUCUCUCAAAAGGGACAUUUGGCGCAACACGUGGUGCUCCACACCGGACAGAAACCCUUCUGUUGUGAUGUCUGUGGACAAAGAUUUAGCCUGAAAACAUGUCUAACCAGGCACAUGAGAGUCCACACAGGAGAGAAAUCUUACUGUUGCAGCAUCUGUGGAUAUAGAUCUUCUCAAAAAGGACAUUUAGCACAACACAUGGUCGUCCACACUGGAGAGAGACCUUUCCAUUGUAAUCUCUGUGGACAAAGAUUCACAGGGAAAUCAAGUUUAAAGAAACACACGAGAAUCCACACAGGUCAAAAACCUUUCUGUUGUUAUCUCUGUGGACACAGGUUUACACAAAAAUCCAACUUAAAUGCACACAUGAAAAUCCACGCUAACAGGGAAGUUGCUUAGUUAUGAAUAAACAAACUGCAAAGCUGCAGUCGACUGUAAAAUAUUUGAUUAGUAGUUGGUUUUAGCGUUUCUCUUGUGAUAAAUUUUUGUAUAUUUCAGAAAUUAAAGAAAUAUGACUUUGCUUCACAGCUCUAUCCUGACGCCUUGAUAUUGACCUGUGUCUCUAAGAAACUCCCCCAUCAGCAUGUCGUCACAAUGCUCCCCCAUGAUUCCUUUUACAACUGAGAAGUUGUUUGUAAAAACUCAAAACGUUUAGAAUUUUGAGAGAAAUAUCAGAAUUUUUAGAAAAGAGUCAGAUUUUUUUUUCAGCAGCUCUAAUCCUUUUCCAUAGGUUACUGCCCCUAUUUUAGACAUGAUUAAUUUUUCCUUUAUUCCAGACAAGUCCCACGGACUCUUGAGGUGGCUGCAGUUAAACAGCUGCCUCAUGAAACCUCUUGAUCAAGAUGAGUCCGUAAAUUAGACCUUCAGUGGUGUGGAAAAGUUUUCUCCCCUUCCUGGUUUCCUGUUGUUGGCCUGCUGGUCACACUUGAGUGUUUCAGAACAUCAGAUCAAACUUGUUUAGGUUACAACAGUUUGUUUUGUAGCUGGGCCAGUCCUAAAGUGGCCCAGGUGCAAAAA